UUGAGUACUGAGCACGUUAAUGGCUGCUACUCUCAAUAAGCAAAGAACAAAAUCAACAAUGGAGGAAUGAUAGGAAGAAUGACUCGAGGGGUAUUAUCGGAAUGUAUAUUUUGCCAGAUUGCUAAUAACUCUUCCACCUCCACCACUCUCCUUCACUCCGUCUAAUUGAUUUAUGCAGGAUGAUAAAGUCGUUGCAUUUCGAGAUAUUAAUCCUUCUGCCUUCAGGCAUUACUUGGUAAUUCCAAAACAACAUAUUCCAACUGUCAAAGACCUUCAGAGAAACCAAGAAGACUUCUCCUUAGCAAGUCACAUGUUAGAUGUGGGAAAGAGUCUGUUACAUAGGGAUGCACCUCAGUCCAAGCAUUACAGAUUUGGUUUCCAUCAGCCUCCGUUCAACAGUGUUGAUCACCUCCACCUCCACUGCUUAGCACUUCCUUAUACUCCAAGCUGGAGGUGUAUGAAAUACUUAUCAUUGGGGCCACUUGGUGGAUUUAUUGAAGCUGAAAAGUUAUUGGACAGAAUAAAGCCACGAAUUCUUCAUCCCUCAUCAAUGUAAUUGUCUUUGUUGGUUUCUAAUUAAAAUUGGCAAAAGUGUAAGUAAUCUUCUAACUAUUCUUCAUCAAUAUAUACAUGUGUAAAAUUCAGAUGUUCUGUGGUUAACCUUGAGAAUGAUCUUGUUACAGAACCUGAUUAUUCAAUUAUAUUUCUUGAUUGAAAACUCAA